AUGCUCCGGUUCCCGUCGCAGCCUCAAGUGCUGCCGAUGCUUCUGUACUUGUCCAUGGUCCCACUCUACAUGUCCAUGGUCUUGUCCUAUUCAGACGACGAUGACAGCGACAACAGUGGCGCUCUACGAGGCAAUUACGGCUACAGCACCGAUGGCGGCUAUGCCCAUACUGUCGCUGUACAAGACGCUAACACCCACACCGGCACCAGCACCAGCACCACUACUGGUAUUGUGGGGGAUAUCUCCCACGGCAUUGAAGUGGGUCCGGCCAUUGCUGCUGCUAUUGCCAUUAUCUGUGGACUCGCCUUGACCACAUGUGGCUACAAACUCCUGCGGCCCGCGAUGUUUGUCUGUGGCUUCCUUGUCGGUGGCUUCAUCGUCUCGUCCAUUGUCCUGUACAUUGUUGACGGUCAGUCGUACGAGCGCUUGGCGUUCUGGAUCGCCUUUGUGAUCGGCGGUGUCGUUCUUGGCUCGCUCGUGGUCUUUAUCUACAAUCUCGGGGUCUUCCUAAUUGGAGCUGCGGGGGGCGUGUUCCUAGCCACGCUGCUUAAUGCUUCGUUCGGGUACCGCCUCUACCCGAACGAUCCGUCUUCGGGAUUGCUUAUUAUGGCCAUUGUUAUUGGUCUCAUUUGCGGGAUCAUUGCGUACAAGGUCGAGCGGCUUGCAAUUAUUGUGGCGACCGCUCUUGUUGGCUCGGUCGUGCUGGUCAAUGGCGUGGGCUACUUUAUUGGUGACUUUCCAGAGCUCACGGGUAUUCAGAACUACCGUCACAAAGACGAGAAGGGAGACUUUGUGUACGACGUGCCGAAGGCGUGGUGGGGCUACUUGGCUGCCAUGCUCGUCGUCUUUUGUCUCGGGAUUGUGAUUCAGAUCAAGAAGACUGGCAAGUAG